CGGAGAUCAAGGAUUCUCCUCCUCCUCCUCCUCCACCGCCGCCGCCGGAACAUCCGCAGUCGAAAAUGUCACCCUUAGUUUUGAAACUGAAGAGUACCUCCCCAAGCCAAUUCUUUCAGCCCUCUACUUUGACUCCAAUCACAGAUUCACCCACUGGGCCUUACUUCCUUUACGGCACCCUAGCCGAUCCCUUCCUACUUAGUGAGAUUCUCGGGUUGGCAAACGAACCGGAAUACCGACCAGCAUUUGUCAAAGGAUACAAAUGCAAGCUUUGGGGCCAAUAUCCGGCUCUCCUAGAGGAACCCGAGUCGGUCGUGGAGGGGAUCGUAUAUCAUGUUCUGACAAAGGAACAUGGCAACGAACUGGCAGCGUAUGAAACCGGCAAUUAUCGUGCCGAGCCUUGUCGCAUUGUGUAUACGGAUGGCUAUGAGCCAGCACAGGAUUCUGGGUAUACCUUCAAGUUUGUUGGUAAUGUGAAAGACCUGAGUGAUGGAGCAUUUGAUCUAGGAGUCUGGCUGAAGAGAGUGGGACGCUAAGAAUCGGAUGUAAAGUGAUUGUUAUCACCGCACCUUCUCAUCGCCAAAUGUUGAUCUUUAUUGGUCCUGAGUGUGCCACUUGCACGGACAAGUUAGGCUUCUUUCGCGCCUAGACUGUGUUCUUUUCCCGUACACGAUCUUAGCUGCAGGCAGUGGAUACACCUUAAAGAUACUCCAUCCCAGACAGAUGCUCAAGGUGAAAUGCUAAGGACAACUGCUGCACGGAAAGGGGUACGGGGUGUUCCUUUCAUGGUCGGAACUACACAUACUCACGUUCAGAAGCCUCAUACCAAUGUCGACUCCCUACAUGCCUAAUUAGGAUAAGUCAGGAUAAUAUACAGACAUGAAAGGACGUUUGAAGCCAUCAUUUCACGGAAUUUUCGGCAUUUGGAAGUCAGUUUGUGGGGGAAUAUAAGUAUGCGAUACACCCCCGCAUGGUCAGCUGGGCAGCUUCUCAGCUUCUGAGUCGCUCAGUUCCAUAGCGGUGUA